CAGACUAGCUUAGCUAUGGGCUGGUGUCGAAUAUUGACUGGUCUACUACUUAUCCUACAAAUAGCUUUGAAUUAUGGAGCAUCCACUGGUCAGUGCUCCGGUGCCAAAACAUGUUCCGAGUGUAUCAAAACGCACUUCACCUGCAAAUGGUGCCGGGACGAAAUCUAUGACGCCUCCAGAUGUCAGUCAGAUUUAAACCAAGAGCUGGGAUCCUCUGAGUGUGAGAAUUGGACCUUCCCUAAGUCUGUCAUUGAGCCUGAUGAGACGGAGUUUGGGCCCAUUAUUCAAGUCAAGCCCAGUGCCAUCAAGAUCACUAACCUCAGGCCAGGAGAGGAACGAAAUAUAUCAGUAACGGUUAAGUCCUCUAAAGAUUAUCCUCUAGAUGUGUACUAUCUUAUGGACUUCUCUUAUUCUAUGAAGGAGGAUUUAACCAAGUUAAAAGAGUUGACUAGUAAUAUAAUUGACAACUUGAAAGAUAUUUCCUCAAACUACAGUAUUGGUUUUGGAACAUUCGUGGAUAAGCCCAUCUCGCCCUACGCUAAAACUGAACCAGGUCAGAUAGAGAAGCCAUGUGAAUUGUGUCAAGCUGUACAUUCCUUUAACCACGAAAUGAGCAUGACUUCAGGUGACGGUGCAACCGAGGCUCUCAAGUCGAGGUUAAGCAGUUUGAGUAUCUCUUCCAAUGUGGACAACCCCGAGGGUGGUUUUGAAGCUAUCGUACAGGCUGCUGUAUGUUCUGAUGAUAUCGGUUGGAGGGACCCCGCUCGAAAAGUCAUAUUCUUCGCUACUGAUGCUGUGUUUCACGUUGCUGGAGACGGAAAAUUGGCGGGAAUUGUUGAGCCCAAUGAGGGGACCUGUGGAAUGUCAAAUAAUAAGUACACUCGUAGUUUAAAUCAGGAUUACCCUUCAAUUGGCCAGCUAAACGAUGUCCUGAUAAAGAACCAGGUGAUCCCCAUCUUCGCUGUUACCGCUCAGAUGCAGAAUGUUUAUCAAGAGCUGUCAGAACAUCUUACCCAACUUUCAUCCGUUGGAAAGUUGAGCGACAACUCAGACGAUGUAGCUAACCUUAUCAAGGAUCAGUUGGAGAGUAUCGUAUCCUCCACCCAGCUGAACCCUCAAGCUCCUCCCGGAGUUACAGUCACUGUGAUCCCCAAGUGUGCUGGUGCACAGACGGAAAUGGUAAACGGACAGGGAUGUUCAAAUGUAACAAUAGACGAGGAAGUUAGUUUCAGUAUUGUAGUUAAGGUGGCCGAGUGUUUGUCAGAAGAGGAAGCUAACUCCUACAACUUUAACAUUGAGGUUCCCGGUAUAGCUACUAUCCCGAUCUCUAUUGACAUGAUCUGUGAGUGUCCCUGUGAAAAGGACGAGGAUAAUAUAGAUAAGGGAUCUGAUAAGUGUAACAGUGCAGGGGAUCUGAUCUGUGGAGCUUGUCAGUGUCAUGCGGAGAGUUACGGUAAAAACUGUGAGUGUAACCAAACUAAAGACAAGAGCAAGGACAAAUGUAUUAACCCAGUUUCCGGAGCCAUAUGUGGGGGCGACAACAACGGAAAGUGUAUUUGUGGACAGUGCGAGUGUAUCCAACCUAGCAGAGACAAUUACCAGAGAUGGGGAGAGUUUUGCGAGUGCAGUAACUACGAGUGUCCCCGUAAUGAGGAUAAUCAGAUUUGCUCUAAUAACGGCUAUUGUUUCUGUGGAGAUUGCGACUGUAACAAGACUGCUAAUGGUACCCCUAAGCAAACAACAGAUCCUCAGUUUACAGGCAAGGAUUGUGGGUGCCCUGUCUCUAAAGAAGGCUGCAUCCAUCCCGAAACUGGCAUUGAGUGCUCUGGGUCUACUAACGGUGAAUGUGUGUGCGGGGAGUGCCAGUGUAAACCUGACCACUACGGCAAGUACUGUGAUAUCUGCCAGAACUGUGGUCCUCUCAACUGUACCCUAUAUCUGGAUUGUGUGGAAUGUGUCUACGAGAAAUUCGAUGAUGAUAAAGAAGCGUGGAGAAACUGUGAGUGUGAUAAAAGUACGGUCCUUUCCAGCGACGAAACAGUCGAUACCACAAAACUAGGUCGCCACAAGCAAUGUGAGCCGAUACCUUACGACGACAACUGUAACCUGAUAUACUUCCUUCAUUACACGGAUAUGGGAACUACCAAACAGCGCAUCUUGGACGAGAUCCUCAUAGAUAGGGAGCUAGAUUGUCCUUCGCAGCCUGAUAUUAUCGCGAUAGUUGCUGGCGUGAUAGGUGGCAUACUUGCUGUGGGAAUACUUUUACUCAUCCUGUGGAAGAUAUACACUACUAUUGUCGAUAAACGAGAAUAUACCAAAUUCUUAGAAGAGCGUUCCAAAGCAAAAUGGAAUACGGACAACAACCCUCUCUACAAGAACCCCGUCACCCACUUCCAAAACCCGCUCUCUUCACGAUCUCCAAGUUUCGUCUACAAAGAACCUGCUAAUUCUCCUCCUCCUUCCUCUCACCCCACCUCUCCAACCAACUCCGACACUGCCUUCGACUUCUCCCGCACAUCUUCCUCUACAAACAAUCAGUUACCGCGGCGGUACAAUACUGGUGACUUUAACGAUCACAAAGUGUCUCCGGUGAAGAAUGCGGCACCCGUCGAAGAAAAAAUAAUAAACUCACCAAAACCACCUCCAGUAGAAUCACCGCCAGACGAUAUCUCCACCUCUAUCGACAUAGCCUCCAACAUUGGGGAAUUUGACGAUAUCCUGGGAGACAUCCAAAGUACUCUCUCAAGAGACACUAUCAUUACCAACCCCAGUGUUGCUGGGGGACGUUUACCACCCCACCCACUACCAUACAGUUCACCGCACAGAGCAAGUCCUGCUUUACCACCAAGAGGGACCCCAGACGUCUCACCCCGUGCUGCUUUACCACCUCGUGCACAUAAUCCCCACACCCUGCCGUUAAGAAGGAGGGACUCGAGGGAGGGACAGGAUGGUUACCUGGAGUCUAACUUGUAGUAUUUUGGUUUGUCCCCUCUCUACAAAGAACCAAUGACAAAGUACACUAAUCCUCUUUACACUGCCGCUGCUUCUAGGAUGUAGGAACCUAUAAUUAUUAUAGGACUCUUCUCUCACACACACACUUAUCACGUGACAUUGGGUGAACUGGUCUUAUGGUCUGAAAGUAUCACACACACACACACACACACACACACAUAACUUGUAUUUACCAACGAGGGUUACGUGUUUUGCAACCUGAUAUGUAUAAGGUGCUUUGUGACGUCACAGUGCAAUUCAGAUCAAUUUAUUCUCUGAAGAAUAGUUGUGCUGAUAUAAAUAGCUCUGAGGGUUGAAUAAGUUGAAUAAUGUUCUGGUUAUAACAAGUUUUCGAAUUAUUUUAAAAGUCUCCUAGGUUGCAAUCACACAGCAGAUAGAAAAAUUUUACACAAAAAUCUGAUUUUUUGUUUCUAAAUCCGCUUUAAGCUAGUUUUCACACUAAUUUACACUAGGAAUUCUCUAAUGCAGUAUGUUUAACUAUGUGGUCUGUGACCGCAUACAUUCUAUUGAGAGGAAUUUUUACAUUUUUACUGUUUUUACUGGUUCUAGAGAUGAUCACAUGAACAUGCCAAUAUUUCUUUGAUAAUUAAUUAGUCGGCUAUUUAGUCGACUAAUUGCUCAGCUAAUUGGUGAAUUGAUUAGUUAUUAUAGCUCUUGCAGUAAAACGAAAGCUCAGUUCUAAUGCAUUUCCUGCUUGUGAAUGAGUUGACAGAAUUUAAUGCCAUGAUUUUACAUCAUUAUCAAUUUUAUGUUUUAUGUUUUGCUGUUUAAAUUAUGAUAUUGUACGUUUUAAUGUUUUAAAAGAAAUGCUAGAUAUAUGUGUUCAAAGUUGGUGCUAAAUGAUAGCUUAUAUGUUUAGCCUUAUUUUGAAUUUUAAGUUUAUUACAAGUGUAAUAUAAACCGAAAGCUCUAAAAAUGUGUGUCUAGUUCCAGAAAGUCUUCUAAUUUUACACAUUUUGUGUAACACAUUCUAAUUUUACACAAUUGCUUUAAAAAUGAAAAAACGCAGGUUAUUUGUGGUUCAAUAUGAUCUUCAUGCGAUUAAACGCGGCAAUAACUAUUAACAAUAGUAAAAAUAUUAAGUUUAACAAUGUUUAUUUUCUUAUCAUUUCCAGUUGGGUGAGUUCCAAAUUAUUUAGUCAAUAAAAUUGUGUUAACAUAGGUAUAGUAUAUUGAUAUUGUUAUUGAAAAUAA